AAAAUUGCAAAAUUGCAAAUGGCGAUGGCGUGUUUUGUUCAAUUGCGUUGUGUUGUUCAGCUACAAUCGCGUGGUGUGUUCUUGUUAUAUUGUGUGAUUAGAUGCUUUAUCCGCUAUUUCGUUGAGUUGAGCUACGCCUAGAUCCUCCGAAUAAGAUUUACAUCUUUCUUCACUGUGUAUAUUAUAUAAACAAUUUGAGAUUGGACUCCAUUAGUUAAGUGUUUAGUUUUAAGUUUUUAUCACCUAUUAUUGAGACUUGCUAAUAUGUCGCGAAACCGCUGUUGUGUGCCUGGAUGUGUUGAAAGUGGAAGUAAGUACUUAUUUAUAUAAUAUGUUAUUCUGUAGCAUUUUAAAAUUUAGUAUUUAAAUCAUGUAACCUCAACCGUCACAUCUAUAACUUGUGCCGCUUUUAUAGAACAAAUAUGAUGUUAAACAAAAACAAAACUACAUGUUUUUAUGGUCUCAGUUAUUUUAUAUACAAACAGAAAAAACUAUUCGUAAUUUGAAAAUAUCACACAUUAUUUAGAUAUGUAUCUGUAGAUUGCACUAUACUAACUUUAUCCAUAUUAACAUUUUAUAAAUUUACUUUAAAAAUAAAUUAUUUUUAUCAAGUUGCCAGUCAAAGACAAUUUUUUUAUUCAUAACUAACUAAUUAAAGGUCUGUAGUUUGUGUAAAUAGACUGUUUUUCAAAUAACGGUUACAAUUUAACCUUAUAAAAUAUGUACACAAGUAAAAAGUCUCGGAAAGCUCCUUAUGUCCAUGCAUUCUUAGUCGUAUUUUCAAACGACUUCAAAAAUGGAGGAGUUUCUCAAAUCGUCAGAACCUUUUUUUAUGUAUGUUCACCGAUUACUCAAAGCCACCUGAACCGAUUUGCAAAAUUAUUUUUUUGUUUCAAAUGGUAUACUUCCCAGGUAGUGCCAUUUAAAUUUUAUCGAAAUCGGUUGAGCGGUUUAAAAAAAAUCAAAUAAAUUAUAUUCCUAUUGAAGUUGUUUGUAUAAAAAAAAUUAUCACUUAUAUGAUGCCCUAAUUUGAUAAUAUACAUGUCACAUUUUUUUUUGCAGAUUCCCAUUCAGUGCUGCAUGGAUUUCCAAAUCCCGAAAAUAAUCCAGAAUUAUUUAGAUCUUGGAUUUAUGCUGUGGGUGGUGAUAUUCUUGGAUUAGAUAAUCAAUAUAUCUACAAACUACGGCGUGUAUGUCAUGCUCAUUUUGAACAAAAAUAUUGCUGCCGUUACCAUAGGAUUAGUAAAAUAGCAGUGCCAACAAUUAAUUUACCUGGGCCACUGGUCAUUCCAAAAUUAACUGUUGCUGAACGUAGACCAUUACGAGCUAAAGAGAAUAUGUUGAUUGGAACUCCAUCAAGCUCUAAAGAUCCUGUAUAUUUUGCAUCUGAGGCGGCUUUAACGCAAAGUAUUAACCAAAGUAAAGAAAAUGUGAUUGCAAUUGUUGGUGAAAAUAAAGUUAAUGCUGUAAAGAAACUGACAAAACGUGUAAUUGCUACAAAGUCUGAGAAAGAGCUACACAGAAAGAUCAGGGCUUUAAAAAUGAAACUCUCCAAAUGUCAGAAUAAGGCUAUGAAACAAAGUGGUGAAUUGAAAUCUGCAAAAAAACUGUUUACCAAUCCAAAAUUUCUCAAAAUAAUGGAUAAUUGGACUACCUCUGCAAAAUUAUUAACAUUAGUGCAAUUUAGAGAAUAUAAAAAAAAGAGUAAAGGCAGAAGAUUUUCUACUGAGGAAAAAAUUCUUGCACUGACAAUGAUGAAGCAAAGUCCCAAAGCUUACCGCUUUUUGAGAAAAAUGUUUAUUCUGCCAUCACCUCAAAUUCUUUUAAAAAUGUUAAACAGGUGUACAUUAAGACCUGGGAUAAACAAAAAUAUUUUUUCACAAUUAAAGAUAAGAGCUGAAAAAAUGAAAGAUGAACACAAAUUGUGUGCUCUCGUGUUUGAUGAAAUGCAGUUACGGGCAAGUAUUACCUAUAAUAGAAGAAAAGAUGCAGUGAGUGGUUUUGUAACAGAUGGACAGGAAGCUAAGAAAAUCCUUGCUGAUCAUGCUCAGGUUUUCUUAAUCCGGGGCCUUAUUAAAAAUUUUAAGCAACCAAUAGCCUAUACCUUCUCAUCAGGUAUGACAAAAGGUUGUGAAUUAGCUAAACAAAUAAAAGAAAUUAUUACUGAACUGCAGCAAGUUGGCUUUAAAGUUUUAGCUACUAUCUGUGACCAAGGCACAAAUAAUAGGCAAGCAAUCAAAAUCCUCAAAGAGGAGACAAGGAGGUCAUAUUUAUGCCAAAAUGAAACGGAAAUGCCUCGAGAUAAUAUUUUUAUUAUAAAUUCUCAAGAAAUUGUUUCAAUAUUUGAUCCACCUCAUUUAUUAAAAGGUAUAAGAAACAAUCUUCUUACUAAAAACCUUAAUUACAAAAUGGAUGGAAAACCUGGCACAGCUAAAUGGCAUCAUUUAGAACUACUCUAUAAAGAAAAUCCUGGCUACAAAGGCAUAAGGCUUAUGCCUACGUUAACGGAAACUCAUAUAAUUCCUACCAAAAUACCAAAAAUGAAAGUCAAAUACGCCAGUCAAAUAUUCAGCCGAACAAUCUCAUCCAAUAUGGGAUAUCUCGCAGAUAAAGGCAUUCUUCCUGAAGCAUGUAAGGAGACUGCAGAUUUUCUUUUUUUUAUGGAUAAUUUAUUUGACUCCGUAAAUGGUAGUUAUCCAAAAAAUAAAUAUGUUAAACCUUUACUCGGUCCAGUAACACCCACGUCAAUUCAUAAAAAAAUUUGGACGGAGGGUAAAAAAAUACUUCAGACAUUACAAUUUGUAAAUCAAAAGAGCCUAAAAACAGAAUUUGUACCAACAGUACAGAGUUGGAUAACUACCAUUAAUGGCAUGGAAGACAUUGUUGCGAAGUUGGAAAAAGAUUAUAAAAUAACUUCUGUUUGGAUGCGGCACCUUAACCAAGACCCUUUAGAAAAUUUCUUUGGGGCCAUUCGUAGUCAUGGGUGCCGCAACAAUAAUCCAACAACAGAACAGUUUGAGUCUGCAUUUGCUACACUCCUAAUAAACAAUUUAACAAGUGUUCAUGCUCCAGGAUCUAACUGUGAAAAUGAUAAUGGUGAAUCAUUAUAUUCUCUAAUAAUAAAUAAGGACAGUGAAGUCAAUAAGACCUGUGAAGUUGAUAUUAAUGACGUAUUAGAAAUUCAAUUAGUACCAUUGGCGUCUAAAAGCGAUCCUAGAAUAAUGGCGCCAUUGGAAUAUGUAAGUGGAUACUUUAUAAAAAAAUCUAAACAAAAGAUUUGGAGGGGAUGUAAGGCAUGUCAUAACAACAUAUGUAAUAUAAAUGAAAAAGAUUAUAUUAAACAUCGAGAAUUUGCAGGUCGAAAUUGGCUUCACAGCCCAAACGAUUUAUUAUUAAAGACAUUAUCUGAAAUGCAGGAUAUAUGUAAUUAUAUGUUAAAAAAAUAUAUAGAAAAACCUUUACUGAAAGAGUACACAAAAGUUAUAGCUUCAUGCCUUAUAAAUUUAAAUUAUCUUGAUUGUCCUGUUCAUAAAAUAAAGUUAAGAGAAUUUUUGAUUGACCAAAUUAUUAUUUUCUUUAUGUAUAACUAUUGUAAAGAUAUAAAUAAAAUUAUUUUUGGCAAAAGGAGCGUGGAUGAUAAUAAUGAUAGUAUACAAUUAAUGGCUCACUCUUAUUAUAAAAAGUUUUUG